AUGCCGGAUACAGUAGCUUCGAGCUUGGAAAUUUCCGUGGAUUGUGAGCCAACGCCAGGAAGAGUCAUCGUUUCGGACGCUCAGAAUUUUGGAGAUUUCAAAAGAGAUUUGAAGAAAGAGUGUGAAUUGUUGACUUGCUCCUCGUCUGUGUAUCCUAAUAAAGGGGAUCCGAUAACUGGAUUCUCGAAUCAAGUGACUGGAAUUGACGCAAAGGCAGCGGAGCCCGAGAAUCCGGCGAGAAGCGUCUGUGAGGAUAAGCUUAUGCAGUAUCCGUUUCAAUCGAUAGGAAAUCAAAUUUUGAACCCAGACGAUGAAUUACAGAACAAUCAAGAUUUCACAAUUCUCUAUGCCAACGAAGGAAACUGCUUUGAAUUCGCCCCAAAUCUCAAGGAUAUUGUGUCCCCGAGCUCCGGAAAAACGAUCAAAACUAGACAAGUGCCCAGAUGGUUGAAGAAGGAUCAGGAUCGAGUGGAUAUUCGAAAUUUCUAUUUUUCUGAUGAGAAAUCCGAAAAUCUGUUCCGCGUCCCUUACGCCUUCACAUUCAAGGAUCCACCACAACAGAAGAUAGCUUAUAAAGAAUGUGGAACAGCAUGCGACCAAGGUACCGUACUCAAAUACGGUAUGAAGCAAGGAACAUACUCAAUGAUGAUCUAUGUAAACGCUCAAAAGUGUAGCUCAUUCCGAAUUUGUUUUAACCCCGAAGACUACAGUGAUGAUGAUAAAAUUCCAAAGUGCAAAGAUGAUUUUAUUAUUGAUGUGCUCUUCAGAAACGGAGUAAUUGUUUGGGGCAAAAAGGGGCGGAGCUCGGUGAUAGAGUUUAUCAGUGCUUAUCAUGACGAGGCCACUACAGUACCCAUAGAGUUUGGAUUUGGAGUUAAAGUCGGGGGAAAGACAUCUGGAAAUUUCUAUUUUGGAAACGAUCAUCGGGAGAUGGUGACAAGUGAUUCUGGUGGAUACGGUACUGAUAUCGCUACACAAUUGGCGUUUUUCUUCCCAGAUGAUAGUUGUUUAACGAAGACGGCUGGCAUUUUUUCAAAGACAAUAACCUAUGGAAAAUCGCUAACCGAUGGGGACGUCGUAAAAGACUACGUAAAAUUUGAUGAGCAAGGGCAGCAAAUUGAUCUAUCAACCAACGAACAGGCCACAACUACAGUACAACCAAAAAUCAACAAUUUCGUGUUCACCACCACCCCAAUGUCCCCGCGGAUCAUUCCCGAACCUGGAGCAUUGAGCCUGAUAGAAUCUGAUGAAGGAAACAAUGAAGCUCUCUAUAUUACUGGCAAAUGGUGGAUUUGGGGAAUCUAUUUUGGAUUCAUCGCUGGAACACUCUUGACGUUGGGUAUUGGUGGAGGACUGUUUUAUGUGCUAAGACGCACUGUGUUUAGUGUUUGGUACCGCGGAAUGUACAAACGCUACGGAUGUGACGUGUCUGGAACGACGGGAGGUAUCACUGGAGUUGGUUUCGGUGGGAAUACAACUGCUGCCGUGGAAACUGUAGCUACCGGAGCUACUGGAGCAUCUACAGUAGGCACUAUAGCAGGUACUACAGUAGGAUCGACUAGUGGAUCGACUAGUGGUGCAAGCACCAUCGGAAUGUAG